AUGUACCUUAAGCAGUGCAUUGCAACAUGUCUUUUGGUUCCGGUCGCUCUCAGUCAGUCAUAUCCCACUGCAUCCUCUGUGGAUCCCUUUAAGGUCUUCACAAUAUCCGCCGACAAUAUCACGGCCAAGUUCAUUCCAUAUGGGGCGCGGUUGACCUCACUGGUCGUCCCAGAUAGGAAUAGCGAUAUGCAGGACAUUGUGGUCGGCUACGACGAUCCACGUCAGUAUCUGGAAGACACCCAGACCAGUCAUACCUAUUUCGGCGCUGUCCUUGGUCGGAUUGCCAACCGUAUCAAGAAUGGCACUUUCUCCCUAGAUGGAACUGAGUACCACAUUCCCAAGAAUCAAAAAGGCUUGUAUACGCUGCAUGGUGGAGACAUUGGCUAUGAUCAGCGGAACUGGACUGUGUUGACAUCCACACCUUCCUCCGUUACCUUCCAGCUCUACGACUCCGCAUUCCAAGGCUUCCCAGGCGAUGUCAUUACGCAGGCUACAUAUAGUGUCGACACCGAGGUCACAGCAGGGAACCCGGAGGGCCGUCCCCGGCUGAUGACCAAGUUGGUUUCGCAGGCUCUCACUCACUCCACUCCGAUCAUGCUCUCCAAUCAUAUCUACUGGAACCUGAAUGGGUUUAAGGAGCCGACUGUGCUCAAUGAUACAUCGCUGCAACUACCUCUCUCCGAACGAUUCAUCGCCACGGACAGUCUUCAAGUCCCCAACGGCGCCAUAUCUACCGUUGAUGAUACCGAUCACCAAUCCAUGGACUUUACUACCGGUAAAAUAAUCGGCCGUGACAUCGAAUAUACCCAAGGUCUUGUUGGCAGUGACGUGGGAUAUGACAAUUGCUUCAUUGUUGACCGCGACCCAACGUCCUCGGCCCACGAUUCACUUGUUCCUGCUCUCCGAUUGCACUCCGGCACCACGGGAAUUAGCAUGGAAGUUGCCACGAACCAGCCUGCUUUGCAGUUUUUCACUUGUCUGAACAUGGAUGGAACAAUCCCUGUGAAGCCUUCUCAGGUCGAGCGCAACUCGGAAAAUGAGGAAGCUGCUAGAUUUGUUGAGAAAUAUGGUUGCCUGGCGAUUGAACCCGAGGGCUGGAUUGAUUCUGUCAACAAUCCUCAAUGGGGCCAGCGAUCCAAUGUGAUCUACUCUCCCGAGACGCCCCCUGCCGUGAACCUAGCCACCUACACCUUCGGAACCGUCUAA